AUGGCAGGUAACAUGACUCAGAACCAAAUGAUGAACCUUCAUCACCAUCUUUCAGAUGAAGUUCAAAAAGCUCUUGUCACGCAUCGCCAAAGAAUCGUUCGAGAGCUACGCUCUGAGAUGAAGUGGAGCAAAUUUGCAGAGAAGGGAUUCGGUACUGUUGUGGUCCACGGAGACCUUACUUCCGUCAAGCUCUUUGAGGUUUUGUUCGAUAUUUCGGUAUCAUGUACGAAAACCCCAACGAGAAAAACCCCAUUGGAAACUUCUGUAGAUAUCAAAAAAUUUCAAGAGACGAUGGGAGAUGAAUUUGUUGUUCAGGAGAAGUAUGUGUUCUUGGUUAUGAGGCUGUGGAUAGUAGUCCAACAGCUACAACCUGCCCUAGAAUUUCAGCUAUUUGGACGAAUUGAGGGAUGUAUGACUAACAAGCAUGCUACCGAUUUGAAAUAUAGAGAGCACAAGAUGGUUCUUACAAACAACGAGGUCACGAUCAAAUGGUUCCAGUAUCACACCGAGGACCAGGGACGAUAUGCUGUCGAAGUCUGGUAUGGCGAUGGUGACUACCAAGUUGAGAUGAACCUGAAAGAGGCCGCCAAGAUGCUGCAACUCGCCGGUGCUUCUCGCAAAGACUUCCUCAAGAGGAAGAAGAUUGCCGGAGAGCCGAUUAGUGAAGGAAAAAUAGAGAUAGAUGAUGAAGGAAAUGUCGGAGAAGAGUGA